GCUCCAUCGGAUCCCCCUCCUCUCCGCAUAAUAAACUACCAGAUCUCAAACUUGUCUUUGAGAGCAUCCUCACACGCGUUGCACCAGCAGCAGUCUGAGCAGAGGCACAGCACGUCUCCGACGCACUCCAGAGGACUCCGCGCUUUACUGAAUAGAUCACAAUCCGCGCAGCCAAGGAAACCCAGCAAAAACUUGCCUCCAAAUCCCCGGGCCGUCAGGGUGGGGUUGAGACGCAAACAAAAGCACUCUUUUCUCUGCGCUGAGAUAGAAAGUGCCAGCUGCAAAUUCACUUCGUUUUGAUAUAAAUUCAAGAAGAUAAGCGGAACCGACUGGCGUCUCCACUCCCAAACUUUUUUCUCAGAAAAACGUGGAGCGACGAGCCUCCCACCAAAAGGAUGAAAAUGGGGAUAACGUGGACUAUCAUUGUGCUUGGUGCCCUCCUCCAUAGCACACAAUCGGAUCCCACAGAUCUGACUUCUCAAUCUAAUCCCACAGAUCCGCCCUCUCAAUCUAAUCCCACAGAUCCGCCCUCUCAAUCUAAUCCCACGGCUCCGCCCCCUCAAUCUAAUCCCACAAAUCUGCCCCCUUCAUCUAAUCCCACAACUCCGCCCCCUCCAUAUAAUCCCACAACUCUGCCCCCUGAAACUAAUCCCACGAAUCCGCCCCCUGAAACUAAUCCCACGAAUCCGCCCCCUGAAUCUCAAUCUACUCCCACGGAACCGCCCCUUGAAACUCAAUCUAAACCCAACGAUCCACCCCCUCAAACUAAACCCACGGAUCCGCCCCCUCAAUCUAAACCCACGGAUCCGCCCCCUCAAUCUAAACCCACGGAUCCACCCCUUCAAUCUAAACCCACGGAUCCACCCCCUCAAACUAAUCCCACGGACCCGCCCCCUCAAUCCAAUCCCACGGACCCGCUCCCUCACUCCACUCCCACGGACCCGCCCCCUCAAUCCACUCCCACGGACCCGCCCCCUCAAUCCACUCCCACGGACCCGCCCCCUCAAUCCACUCCCACGGACCCGCCCCCUCAAUCCACUCCCACGGACCCGCCCCCUCAAUCCACUCCCACGGACCCGCCCCCUCAAUCCACUCCCACGGACCCGCCCCCUCAAUCCACUCCCACGGACCCGUCCCCUCAAUCCAAUCCCACGGAUCCUCCCCCUCAAUCUAAUCCCACGGACCCGCCCACUCAAUUCAAUCCCACGGACACUCCCCCUCAAACUAAUACCGUGGUUCUUCCCCCUCAAUCCAGUCCCACGGACACGCCCCCUCAAUCCAGUCCCACGGACACGCCCCCUCAAUCCAAUCCCAAGGGGACACACCCUCAAUCCAAUCCCACGGAUCCACCCCAGCAAACCGAUCCUAAUGAUCUCGAUAAACAAAGGCAUAUUGUUACCAAUCCAAAUGCUGAAUCAGUCGACCCAGCAGCACUAGAUUCUGUUUCUACUGUCACUCGAAGUCAACAGACACUGGAAGCACAACCAUCCACUAUUCAAAUGAUAUCACCGCCACAUCAAACGAAUGACGACAUCUCCAUUGCCAAAACAGAGGAUAAAACUAAAAAAAACUUCAUUCGUAACUUUGAUCUGAGCGAAAACAUUAAGGAGGACGUCCUAUUUGAAACCUGUAAGACACUCAGUAAGAAGAUGAACGGCAAAUGCUCUGUGAGCAUGGAAAUAAAAGACAAUCAAUUACGUGCAACCAUAAAAAUAGAUGCUGACCGAUACAUACAAAAAGAUCAAUACGAAGACUCUCAAAAGACAGAACAGAAGGAGGAUGCGAUCAAAGAAACAAUACCAGACACACUAAUCGCCAUUCUGGCCUCAUGUGGCGCUUUGGUGCUCAUUCUGUGCUGCUUUGCCGCAUACUGCACAUAUCAUCGCAGAUCCUAUAGAAAGAACCAGCAACACCUGACGGAAGAGCUACAGACGGUGGAGAAUGGUUACCAUGACAAUCCCACGCUGGAGGUGAUGGAGGUUCAGCCGGAGAUGCAAGAGAAGAAAGUGACUUUAAACAGAGAUUAUAACGACAGUUGGAUCGUCCCCAUAGACAACCUCCUGAAAGAUGACAUGGCAGAUGAAGAAGAUACCCACUUGUAAAGACUCCGCAUGAGCUGUCAGCGGAAUAAAACAUGCUGUUAACGGCGACCAAUCCAAAAGUAGGGAGGGCAUAGAUUGCUGUUAAAACGACAAAUAAAUGACCAUGGAUUCGUGGUGGCCUGAUGUAUAUUCUGAAAUGAAGUAGUUAGAUGUCAAACACGCUCUAGAGGGAGUGGGAAAAAAAUCAUAAAGCGCUUUGUGUGCCGCAUCUAUUGAAAAGGAAAACUGGGACUUCCGUACAUGGAUCAAAGCACAGUUCGUGCCUUUUCCUCGUGCCUUAACUUUGUCUUUAUGUGUUUUGCUUCUCGUGUUUGUCACACUUGGAUCAUAAUUGACCAAGUGAGCCUUCUGCGCCAAGCGUCCUAAUAAAAAAACGAGACCUUAAAAGUUCAGGAUUAUUGCGAUGCACGUCUUGAGAGGAAUGUGCAUGGUGUGUGUGUGUGUGUAAACAUUUUUUGCUCCCAUCUGAUGUGUUUUUGUUUGGGGGCACCUAACACUCAUAGUUAACGGAUUUCACUGUGACCAAUGGAUGAAUCAUCCUGGUAAACUAUAGGCACAUGAAUAUACAUCUUGCAAACACGUAAAUAUCCUUUUCCCAUGCUUGACGAAUAUGUUCAAUGAUGUUGUAGUGAUUGUUUUUUUUUACAUUUAAAAGACUGCAGUUUUGUUAACCAUUUUACAGUAAAAUUAAACAGUCAUGAUACUUAGUCACGGGUUUGAAAUGUUGAUGUGUUUUGUCUAUUGUCUUGUUUUUUUUUUAAGUUUAGUAUAUCGAUCACAUCUUGUUUACGUGUGGGGAUCUUUUAUUUAAUUGUCAAUGUUGAUCUCAUCUCAUCUAUUAUCUUAUGUAUGUGCAUGCAAUGCACCCAUUCUCAGUUUAAGGGACUCACUGCUGCAUCUUUUAGCAGAUCUUUGUUCACCAAAGUAUUAAGUUGAAUGUAUAGCUGUAUUCUGUAUUUUAAGUCAGUUUGCUCACGUGUGCGAACGACAGGGGUCUGAUACACUGGAAGCCGCAUCUCUGUCACAUCGGGUGGAGACAGGCCAUAUCUUCUUGUACAAAUAAAAAAGCAUUGGGAUUUUUUAAAUAAAGCGUUUUCAUGUUGUGUAACUGCAGAGACUA